UUUUUUUUUUUUUUGUUUUGGAAGUUUUCGAGGUAACCGAAGGUAGCCUAUAAUCGAUAGUUAAAGCUUAACGUUUAACAUGCGCUUGGGUCAGUGGAGGUGUGUGUAAAAUAGUUUCUCUAAACAAACACAGGAAGCCUUUGGUGCCAGCACUGCAACCCUGGGACUGUUCACAGUGUGUCUGCAAAUAAAGGGCCUUUCUCUGAUUAAUUGACACCAAAUGUGUGGACGCAGGGCUCAUGUCUACUGCGUCAGUGAUGGUACUGAAGUGCGAAGCAUGGAAAGGAAUAUCGGAGACCAGCUCAACAAAGCCUUCGAAGCGUACCGCCAAGCGUCUAUCGAGAAGGAUACCGCCAAGAGGGAGCUCCAGCAGAAGACUGAGUAUUAUCAAAGGUACACCUGGAAACUCGAGCAGCAGAUAGAAGAGCAGAAGCAGCUGAUUUCAAAACUUAAAGCGCAGCUGAGUUCAGCAACAAAGCAUGCUUCAGGAGAGGUGAAAUGCAGUGAGCCCGAUCUUAGGAAACAGGAAGCAGAAACCUUAUCGCCCUGCGAUCAACACCCCGACGGCACAGCAUGCAGCUCCCAGAGGAGGAAACAGCUUCAGGUGAAGGAGGACGUGGAGGCUGCAGCAGUGUCUCCACAUAUGCUGCCAGGGCCUGCGAACAUGGAGAAUAAAGAUGUUCUUGACGCAUUUCGGGAACUCCAGGGAAAAUUCCACCUGAUCCAGGCCUUAAGUCGAAAACAGAAAGAUCACCUGCGAAAAAUAUGUAAAGGAAAUCAUACAGCAAAUGAGCAGCAGUUCUCCAUGCCUAUCCAGUGCACAGACGUGACGGCGGAGCAGGCGGAGGGGCCCUUCUCCUCGGCCAUGCGGUCGGAGGGGGCCGACGAGCUCUCCUCCCCUUCCCUGGCGUCCCGGGGCGUCAGCCCGGAGGCAGGGGACCUGGUGGAGUCCCUCACCACGCUCAGCGUCAAGUUCCCGCCCCCCACAGACAGUGAAUACGAGUUCCUGAACAGCACCCCUGAGAGACAGAUCCACGCGUUCAUGGGCAUGAAGGGGCUGGGGGUGCUGGCUGGGGUCCCCUCGCUGGUGGAGGAGCAGUCGCUGGGGCUUCCCGCCCACUUCCCCUUCCCCCUCUCUCCCCCCCACACAGCCUCCCCCUCUGGCUCACUCGACCAGGAAGCCAUUCGCGGGCCCCAGCAGCCUGUCUGGAGCCCGGAUCUCUGCGAGGCCACCGCGUCGGAGACCCCCCCACCCCACCAGGCCCAGGUCCCCACAAACUGCGCUUUCUGCAAGGCCCUUGUUCCCCAAGAUCACAUGUUCAGCCACCUGAAUUCGCACUUCCAGAACCCCACCAGCAACGGACACUAGCGCAGCCCUGGCUGCCCCUCUCCCCUGGCCUGCCCCUUUGCAGGGCUUUACAGAGGGAGCGUCUGGGUCUCUCGCCCCUCUGUGAGUGCAGCGUGUCUUAUUUCUUUAACCCAGAACUGGAAUGAGCUCCCCCCCUGUAACAUAUUUAAUUUGUCUCUGUCUGUAAAAGAGUGGAACGGUAGACUUUUAACGUUGACGUCUUAAAAUGGCCAUUUUAAAGUCUGCUGCUGUACCCAGUGAGUGCUGAGUGACUGUGU